AUGCUGUCGCUGUCUGAUCCCAUACAGAAGCCUUGGUUGAAGGCCAAGGACUCGACGGCGCGGCUGGCGUACUUCAUCACAUACGGCGUCAUGCUCAUGGGGGUCGCGGCGAGCGCCGUGCGAAUCUAUUUUGGGUGGAUAUCGGUCCCGCUAUUGGGCCGCGUGUGUCUGGUGCUCGACGAGGAGUUCCAGGGCAGCGAUCUAGAUACUGAGAACGUGUGGAUGCGAGAGGCUGACAUGGGUGGUUUCGGAAAUGGCGAGUUCGAGAUGACCACGACGUCUUCGAACAACUCGUUCAUCCGAAACAACCAUCUUUAUCUGCUGCCGACCCUCACUUCCUCCGUCAUAGGACAGGACGCCGUGUUGGAUGGCUACACCUUCAACUUGACGGGGUGCACCAACGUGAACUCGACUUCGUGCGGCGCUGUCAGUAACAGGACGGCGGGAGUUGUCAUCAAUCCGGUGAUGAGCGCGCGCAUCUCUACCAAGGGCAAGAAGAGCAUUCGCUACGGACGCGUCGAGGUCAAUGCGAAGUUGCCGCGAGGAGACUGGAUGUGGCCCGCAAUCUGGAUGCUCCCCGAGAACAACACGUACGGCCCAUGGCCAAUUAGCGGCGAGAUCGACAUCAUGGAGUCUCGUGGCAACGGAGUCGACUACCCAUCGCAGGGCAUCAACUAUGUCCGGGGCUCCCUGAACUGGGGCCCACUGACCUGGCUCAACGGUGUGGCCAAGACAUUCGGCUGGUGGUCCGAGCGACGCUCCUCGUACGACAAGGCGUUCCACACCUACGCCCUGGAAUGGUCCCCGGAAUUCAUACGGAUCUUCGUGGACAGCCGCCUGCAGUACAUGCUCCAGCUCAAGUUCGACAUCCCCUUCUUCGAGCGCGGCGACUUCCCCGUGUCCGUCUCGAACGAGUCGCAGCAGAUCAUCCUCCCCGAUCCGUGGGCGGGCGCGGGCAACUCCGCGCCCUUCGACCAGUCGUUCUACCUCAUCCUCGACGUCGCUGUUGGCGGGACUAAUGGCUGGUUCCCGGAUAACGCGGGGAAUAAACCCUGGUUGGACGGGGCUCUCAACGCCAUGCAGCUCUUCGCCGAAUCGCAAGACGAAUGGUCCGCGACGUGGCCCGAAGACGAGGAAGACCGCGCGAUGAUCGUCGACUCCGUGAAAAUGUGGCAGCAGUGUUGA